CAAAUAACAAGAAAGUGAGUGGGUUUUUGAGUUUUUCUUUCAACUUGCGAGAAAUAGUACCAACAAUCGGUGCCCUAGUUCCUCUUCCUCCUUGUUCCCCCAUUCAUCGCGGAGGGUGCAGAUUGCCGAAUACGCCCCCCAAGCCCUAAACUUUUCCGUGAAUCAAGAUGGGUAAGAAGAAGAAGAGGGUUGCGUCCAAGGUGUGGUGCUAUUACUGCGAUCGCGAAUUCGACGAUGAGAAGAUCUUGGUGCAGCAUCAGAAGGCCAAGCACUUCAAGUGCCAUGUAUGCCACAAGAAGCUCUCCACCGCCGGCGGUAUGGCCAUCCACGUCCUCCAGGUCCACAAGGAAUCCGUCACCAAGGUGCCGAAUGCGAAACCUGGUAGAGAGAGUACAGAUAUUGAAAUAUAUGGAAUGCAAGGGAUUCCACCAGAUGUCUUGGCUGCUCAUUAUGGAGAAGAAGACGAUGAUGUUCCAUCAAAGGCAGCAAAGGUGGACAUACCAUCAACACAGCUUGUAGGUGGAAUGGUGCCACCUCCUUUGGGUACAGGAUAUCCUCCUCGACCAGCGGUACCGCCAAUGUAUAAUCCAGCCGUGCCUGUCCCCCCAAAUGCUUGGGCUGUUCCACCUCGACCGGCUCAGCCAUGGUAUCCCCAACCUCCAUCUGUUUCGAUUCCACCACCUGCUCCUUACGCACAACAGCCAUUAUUCCCCGUGCAGAACGUGAGACCGCCACUGCCAUCAACUGCUCCUUCUCCACUCCAAACUCAGGUUACUCCUCCUGGGAUGCCUUCAUCUACACCUUCUGUCCCUGUUUCGCAACCUUUGUUUCCUGUUAUUACAACUCAAAGUUCAACAUUUUCUCCUGCUCCUCUAUCUUCAAGUGCUCCAUCCAUAAAUCCAGUCAUAUCCUCAAGUGCCCCUGUUGAUUCCCAUUUGGGUGCCAACUCUGUUGUAAAUGCUUAUCAGGCAAUAGGGAUUCCAGGUGGGACAGCGGGUAACUCACAUUCCUAUGCAUCUGGUCCAAAUACCGGUGGCCCUUCAAUCGGACCUCCCCCGGUAAUUGCAAACAAAGCUCCUGCGCCUCAGCCUGCUGCUAAUGAAGUCUACUUAGUUUGGGAUGAUGAGGCAAUGUCCAUGGAGGAAAGAAGAAUGUCUCUGCCAAAAUAUCAGGUUCAUGAUGAAACUAGCCAGGUAAGUCAUACUACCUCUGUAAUAGAUGGAGUUGCUUUCACAUCUAACCAGAUGAGUAGGCUUUAUGCUUCCUUUAUUCAGAUUCAGUUGUUUACACAUUAUUUCUUCUUUACAGAGUAACACUCUGUAUAAAUGUCUAAUCAUCAUUCUUCUAAAAAGAAUUUGAAUGACUAAGUAAAUAUGAUCCGUUUAGCCCUCCCUUUUUCUUCCAACCUGAAUGGGUAAUGCAUGCUGUUUUAUUUUUGAAUGGCCACUCUGGUCUCUGGCUCCAAGCCAUGCCUCCAAAUUUUCUGGGCUUCAAAAGAUUCAAGUAGGUACCCUACUGAUUUAUUUCGGUAGUUAAUUAUAAUUCCAACAUAAUUUGUGAAGCUUGCUGCAAACAACCAACUUCAUGAUUCUGCAUGCCAGCAUUUUGUAGACCGUAAAAGAGUAUGUAUAUAUGAUUUUUAUUGGGUUUGGUAUUUGCGAAUGUUAUUUUUUCUCCCUUUGUUCGAUCCAAAAGUUUGGGGUUUUGGGUGGAACAUCUUACCCAACAGAUUUUUGCUCAUUCGUAGCAUCAUUACAAUUUAUUUUAUGGAACAAGUGAAUUCAGACUUGGCCCAGGUCAGCUUCUUUCGCAGAGUUUGGAUCUCUUGCAUAGGACUGUGCUAUAAAAUAUUUGGUUUGAUGUCGUCAUUUGUGGUCAGAUUGUUAAUUUGCUGAUCAUGAUUCUCAUGUUUAUCUUUCAGAUGAGCUCAAUUGAUGCAGCAAUAGAUAAGAGGAUACUUGAAAGCAGGUUGGCUGGUCGCAUGGCGUUCUAGAUAUGUCUUACCUAUCCAUGUACACUUGUCAAAUUUCAACACGGAUCAAUUGGCGCUCACUCAGAACAGGUUUUUCCGAGCUUUGGACAAGGUGGGAUCAACAUUCCUUUAUUUUAGUGGUCUAGUAAGUAACCUUGUUUUUGGUGCGAUUCUUUGUCAAAUUAAGGCAAAUAGGCAGUGGACCUGACCGAUGUAUUGAAUCAAAGGAGAAGGACCUUGAAUGGUUUUCUGAUGAUAGUAUUAUUCGUAGGAUAUGUUUAAGAAUUUAUGAUUAUUAGUUAUUUCUUUUCCUAUUUUUCUCUCUCUCUUUCUCAACGAUUUGUAGUCAUCCUUUAGGAAGCAGAUGCUUGAGUACCAUUUGAUGUAACGUUUUCAGUUUUGGGGGAACAAUAGCAUUGUUUCUUUGUUCUUGAGUAUAUUCUUCAUUACAGUUUGUUAA